AUGAAUUUCGAUCAACUUACAGACGAGCAGAAGCAGCAGCUUUAUUUGCAACAUUUGCAACAACAACAGCAGUUACAACAACAGCAACAGUUACAACAACAGCAGCAACAAGGAUAUCACCUACAGCAGCAGCAACAAGCAGCAUAUCAACAACAAAACCAAGCACAAUCGCAACAAGGAUUGCAGCAUGAUGAUAGUUACAUGGAUGAAGAUACAUCGGAUUUUAUUAAUCAGCCACCAGUUCAAUUAGACCAUGGAUCACCUAUUAGACAGCAACCGCAAAUGUCGGCAUUUAUGCCAUCGCCACGAUUUGCUCAACUGGAAAAUUUUGAUAAUCAUCUCAAUGUUGGCAGCAAUGACACUGAACGAUUUACAUCGAUGGAUUCUAUGAAUUUUCAACCACCAGCAUCGACUUUUACUCAGUUGGGAAAUGGUAGUAGUACUAAUCUUUCUGAAAUAAGUAGUGGACAGAACUCGUUGUUGUCGAACCAUUCUGUGAAUAACUUACCAACCGCAUUGACUAGUGAUACACCACCUCCAGUUCAACAACAACCACAAUUUCAAUCACAGCAGCAUCAACCACCACCACCACCACAACAACAACAACAACAACAACAACAAAUAUUCCAACAAGCUCAAGCUCAACAGCCAGAACAACAGCAGAGUCGGGCAGUUGCAAACCAACUGGUGUCGACUGAGACAGCAAAUUCAGAAAUGCCUGGAUCAAAUAACAAAUAUGUUUAUUUUGAAAGAAAGCCAAAUUUGUUAUCAAAGACUACUCAAGAUAAAGCAGCUUCAAUUAAAUUAACUUUAGAGAAUUAUUACACUCUGUCAGUGAGUCAUGCCAUCGAAAGAAACCAAAGACGAUUAGAGUUAGAAAAUAAAAUUGCCAAUGAAGAUAUUGGAUCCUCGGAGGAACGUAAAAAUCGUCAAUUACAAAAUCUAGGGAAGAAAGAGUCACAAUUUUUACGUUUGAAAAGAACAAAACUAGCUUUGGAAGAUUUUCAUACUGUCAAAGUCAUUGGUAAAGGUGCUUUUGGUGAAGUUAGAUUAGUGCAAAAGAAAGACACUGGGAAAAUAUAUGCUAUGAAAACAUUAUUAAAAUCAGAAAUGUUUAACAAGGAUCAAUUGGCGCAUGUUAAGGCAGAAAGAGAUGUUUUGGCAGGAAGCGAUUCCCCUUGGAUUGUUGCAUUAUACUAUUCUUUUCAAGAUUCGCAAUAUUUGUAUUUGAUUAUGGAAUUUUUACCAGGUGGUGAUUUAAUGACCAUGUUAAUACGUUGGGAAGUGUUUACUGAAGAUAUCACCAGAUUCUAUAUAGCUGAGUGCGUUUUAGCCAUUGAGGCCAUUCAUAAAUUAGGAUUCAUUCAUCGUGAUAUCAAGCCAGAUAACAUCUUGAUCGAUAAUCGUGGACAUGUCAAAUUGAGUGAUUUUGGAUUAUCUACUGGAUUCCAUAAAACUCAUGAUUCAAAUUACUAUAAUAAAUUGUUAGAGAAGGAACCUUCAAAUACUCAUUUGCAACCUAACCAAUUGACAAGUGGAAGAAACUCAGUGAUGGUGGAUGCUAUUCAUUUGACAAUGUCCAAUAGACAAACCAUGCAAACAUGGAGAAAAUCGCGUAGAUUGAUGGCAUAUUCUACUGUGGGUACUCCUGAUUAUAUUGCCCCCGAAAUUUUCAUUCACCAAGGUUAUGGACAAGAAUGUGAUUGGUGGUCGUUGGGAGCCAUUAUGUUCGAAUGUUUGAUUGGUUGGCCACCAUUUUGUUCAGAAAAUCCUCAUGAUACUUAUAGAAAAAUCUUGAAUUGGCAAGAGCAUUUCCAGAUCCCUGAAGAUGUUCAUUUAUCACCAGAAGCUGAGGAUUUAAUCAAAAGGUUUUUAACAUCUGCCGAGAAUAGAAUCGGUAGAUAUGGUGGUGCUGAAGAAAUCAAACAACAUCCAUUUUUCAGAGGUGUCGAUUGGGAUAGUAUAAGGGGUGUACAAGCACCAUUUGUACCUCGAUUGAGUUCGAUGACUGAUACCAGACAUUUCCCCACUGACGAUUUGGCCAGUGUUCCGGAUAAUCCAGCUAUGAGUAAAGCCAUGGAACAGCGUGAAUUGGAUGCUAAGAAUGGAGGUGGUAGAAAGAAUCCAAAGGAAGAUUUACCAUUUAUUGGAUACACUUAUUCCAGAUUUGAUUAUUUGACAAGAAAGAAUGCGUUAUAG